AUGGGUCUUUCCCGAGCUCUAACGAGCAGUAGCUGGCGCGCUGUAUCGUCUACUGGGACAGCAACACCCAGCCGCGCGGGGUUCUUCGCCUUGCGAUGCUAUGCGACUCGCGCCGCAAAGACGACGACUGCCUCUGCUACUGCCACCACCCCGAAAGCCACCGCGGCUGCAAAGAAGACAAGUACCACCGCUACCGCCACCACGAAGAAGAACGUCAGCACUUCCACCGCUGCAAGCAAGAAGAAUACCACAGCCACGGCUGCUGCGCCCAAGACAGGCUCGAUCAAGGCCACCACGACUGCGAAGACGACUCCCGUCACCGCUUCGAGUACAACCCCCAAAGUCACAAGGAUUGUAAAGAAGACUGCUGCUUCUUCUACUGCCACAAAAACUGCCACCCCGGUAACGGCCAAGAAGACGACCCCGAACAAGACCGCCACCGUUGUCGCUUCCGCCGCCCCGAAGACGUCCACCCCUGCCCCAAGCUCUGUGCCUACCACAAGCCCUGCGGCAACGACAGCAACAUCAACACCAGCGAGUGCACCGAAACCCACUCAGCCUAUUACUCCUACGUCUCCUGCUCCUUCUCCGUUCCCGUCGCGUGUGCCCGAGUCCAAGUUCCGGCCGAAGCUGAACCCGAACAGCAAGGAAUACCUGGCCCUGGGGAACCAGCCAAAGGUAAUGCCGGAUUUCGAAAGGGCCAGAGAAGAUGCCGAAAUAGAAGCGCAGGCAGUGGCGCAAGCCAAGGUGGCCUAA